AUGACAGGCGAAUCCUUUACCGAUAUAGUGCGGGUAGACCACGGCCGUGCUGUCAAGGACUCCUCGUUUGCUCGCUCCUACAGUAAGAAUCCUGGCUUCUGUGUCUACGCCGAAAGCUUCACGGAAGACGUCCUGGGAUACUCACCAAAACUUACCCUCAUCGAAAAGCGAGACUAUCAAUUCGCACAUGAAGCAGGGGUCUAUGUACGCCCGACCAAUAGCAUCUACUUCACUGCGAACUUCCAGACCUGCGAUCCUGUCCACCUCUAUGCAAUCGAUGCAGCCACCCACAAAGUCACCCAGCUCGACUUUCCCGAGGUCGUUCAAGCGAACGGCGCUUGCAACUAUAAAGACGGUGUCCUGUACUGCUCGCAAGGCGAUAGAACAACACCGUCGGGCCUUGUUCAUGUCGAUCCUGUCACCGAAAAGUCAGAAACACUCAUCAACAACUUCUACGGUCGCGAGUUCAAUUCCGUCAACGAUGUCGUCGUUCACCAUGAGACAGGGGAGAUUUGGUUCACCGAUCCGAACUAUGGCUAUCAUCAGGGUUUUCGGCCGGCCUCUAUGCUGCCCCCUCAAGUCUAUCGGUUCAAUCCGAAGAGUAAAGAGUGCUGGAUGGUAGCCGAUGGCUUUGUUGAAUGUAACGGGCUGUGCUUCAGUCCGGACUAUAAGCGCCUGUAUGUCACAGACACCGGGGCGGUCCAGGCACAUGCAGGUCCAGGUGAUGGGCAUCAGUUCUCAAUGAACCCCAAGUUGCCUGGGACCAUCUACGUUUAUGAUGUUGUCAAUGGACGGGAGUUGCAUAACAGGCGCGUCUUUGCUUUUUGUGCAAUCGGUAUCCCUGACGGGAUAAAGUGCGACGAAAAAGGUUACGUAUAUUCUGGAUGUGGUGAUGGUGUACACUGCUGGGCACCAGAUGGCACCCUAGUCGGUAAGAUUGUUACCGGAGGGUUCACGGCCAACUUCUGCUUUGCGAAAGAGGGUAUGUGGCUGUUCGCUGAGCGCGACCUCUUCUUCUGUCAGCUCAAGGCCAAGGGUUGUCUCGUCAAGAUAGAAUGUGAAUAA